AUGACCCGUCCAAUGGGGCAAACCGACGCCGACAAUUUCGACACGUUCAGAGACUGUCUCUUCUCGGCGGUCGUGGAGAAAUCGUUGGGAAGAAGAGGUCGCAAGACCAAAACAAGCAAGCGACAGACGGGCGCCUCCAUUCCUGCACCGCCCGCUGCAGAAGCCGACCCAUCGGAGCUCGCCGACUUCUCAGACUACCUGGCCAGUGAGAUAUUCAAUAGCCUCCCAGAGGACCUGCAGAGGCUGUCCUAUCAUACGCUUCAGGACAGCCCGGGGUUGUCAGAGAAAUGGUCCCUUCCCCUGACGCUUUCUGUGUACGAGGAAGUCUCGAGCCAUAUUCCAGGCGACGUCACCGAUAGCCUGACGGCGUAUGGGCUCAUUGAACCGCCGGUGUCUGACGUCCAGACAUUCAUAGCCCCCGUCAUAUCCGCAUAUGUCGGUGGUGCGACGACCCCACCGCCAAAAUGGGCCGAGACGAGGAAGAACGAGUGCGAGAUCUGCGACAGGGACUGGGUGCCGAUGACCUAUCACCAUCUCAUCCCGAGGCAAGUGCACGCUAAAGCCCUCAAGAGAAACUGGCACGAGGAGCACCAACUGAACAGUGUCGCGUGGCUUUGUCGUGCUUGUCAUAGCUUCGUCCACCGGAUGGCGACCAAUGAGGAGCUGGCCAAGGAGUGGUACACUGUCGACAGGAUAUGUGAGAGGGACGACGUCCAGAAAUGGGCUCAGUGGGUUCGCAAGGUUCGCUGGAAGAAAUCUUGA